AUGAAGACUUUAAAUAAAUUAUUAAAAUUGUUUCUUGGAUUAGUAUUUAUUUUAAGAAUUACAAUAGUUUCAGGGAGAUCAGCAGCAGGUAAUAGAUUAUUAAUUAUCCAUAAUUCAGAUAUAUCAUAUAAUGACUUUUCUAUUUUUUUUGAUUCUUUUAAAAAUCGUAAAUAUGAGACAACUUUUAAAAAGCUGGAAACAGAUACUAUAUCUCUUUUUAAGUAUGAAGAACGGUUGUAUGAUCAUCUUAUUUUGUUUUUGACAAAAACGAAAAAUAAUAGACAUGGUUUUUCCAAUUCAGAAAUUCUUGAAUUUAUUAACAAGGGAGGGAAUGUUUUAAUUGGAAGCUCUGUUAUAUCAGAAGAUAUCCGUAAUUUGACAGGAGAAUUUGGAAUUUAUUUAGCUAGGGAAAAGACUGUUGUUGUAGAUCAUUUUUCAUAUAAUAAAUCGGAUUCAGACAAGCAUUCUUUACUUAUUGUUAAAAAUUUCAAGAAAAACAACUAUGUAUUGAGUGAUGAAGUUACUCAGGGACCGCCAAUACUCUAUCGAGGAGUUGCCCACUUAUUGACAAAUAAUCAGCUUAUUGUCCCUAUUCUUGGGGCUGAAAGAACAGCGUAUACUUAUGACAUAAAAGAUGAGCAUGAUUUUGUAAAAGAACCCUGUGUAGCAGGCACUCAAGUAUCUCUUGUAACAGGUUUCCAAGCAAGAAAUAAUGCUCGAAUUAUAGUUGCUGGAAGCAUUGAAAUGUUCUCAAAUACUUUUUUUAAUUCAUAUGUUGAAAAAAAUGUUAAAUCUGGGAAUCGCUAUUUUGUUGAAGAGAUCACUCAAUGGCUUUUCCAAGAAAAAAGUGUAUUGAAAGUUAUUUCAAUGAAACAUAAUCUUUUGAAUAAAACAUUGCAUACGUCCCCUAAUGUCUAUAAAAUAAAAGAUAAAGUGGUAUUUGAGAUCGUAUUUUCACAAUAUAAGAAUAAUUCAUGGAAUCCUUUUGUUGCUUCAGACAUUCAAUUAGAACUUAUUAUGUUAGAUCCUUAUAUAAGAACAACUCUUAAAGAAGCAUCUAGAACUUCGAAUUCUUCUGUUUAUUCUACUGUAGUUUCUUUAGUUGAUCGUUAUGGAAUUUUUCAUUUUAAGGUAAACUAUAAAAGGCCAGGUUUAUCUUAUAUAGAAGAACGGUCUACUAUAACUAUUAGACACUAUAAACAUGAUGAGUACCCACGAUAUCUUUUUAUUGCUUUUCCUUAUUAUAUAGGAGUUGCUACGACAAUAUUUGCAUUUUUGCUUUUUUGUUUUGUAUGGCUUUUUUCUAUAGAUCAAAAUAAGAUUGCAAAAAAAAACUAA